CAUUUAUUGAAAUUUUCCCAUUUAUUACUACAAUGUCUGACAAAAGUGUUGCUUCAUCAAAACCUAAGUUGUGAUAAAUGAAAGCCAUAAAACACCGGUGUUUCCAUUAAAGAAGCUCUAAAUAAAGAAACCAGUCAAAACUUUAAUUGAUUAAAGAAGCUCCAAAUCUUUUUAUUAAUUAGAAUACAUGGAAACAGGAAAUACUGUAAAUUUGCGGUAAUUGUAAGAUGCAGAAGCAAUAUCCUUCGUUUUUCAAGAUCUUAAUUGGCGAUUUUGCCUCUGCUCUGCGUUUACCGCCGCUCUUUGUGGAGAUUUUUGGGGAAAAGCUCUCGCCGACACUGUCACUCGUAGCGAACGCCGCCGCGGCGUCGGAGAAAAAAUGGGCCGUAAAGCUUAAGAAGAGCGGCGAGCAUUCCCUGUUUGGGGAUGGAUGGGAUAAGUUUGUGAAGGAUAACGAUUUGGCGGCUGGGGAUUUCGCAGUAUUCUGGCUGAUGGAUAACUACUCUACUUUCCAAGUUCGACUCUACGACUACACUUGCUGCGAAAAGCAACUAUCAUCUUCCCGAUUCUCCCCUGCAGGUGGAAGAUCAACUAAUCUUGAUCGCAAUGUAAGGAUGAAGAAAGGAGAGGAGACGGAUGAGUCUACUAAGUCAGUAGGCACUUCGAAGCGGAGUAACAAUCCAAGUUUCGUAGUUGCCCUGCCACCCCGCGAUAAGAAAAUGAUCAUACCAAAAGGAUUCGUUGAAAAAAUGGGAAUUGCGGGGGAGGGAUGCAUCCUGCUUGAGAAUGCGCGAGGAAGGCGUUGGGAGAUCCAAAUACGCAAUCAAGGUGGUGAAUUUGCAAUGUAUGGCGGGGAAUGGGAAGAUUUCCGAAAAGCCAACAGGCUGGGUAAGGGAUAUCUUUGUUCAUUUGAACUGGUAAGGAGGUAUGGUGAUCAAUUUCUUCAAUUUCAUUUGGAGAAAAAAGCGAGAGGAAGACCGGAGGGGAAGACCACAAGGGACUGUUAGAAAAAGAGAUUUCGAGUAGACAAUACAAGCUGCUGCAUUUACCUUCGAUGUUGCUAACUCUGGAGUAAUUAUGUUGUAUGAUUAGCUUAACAUUAACCAUCUAUGGAAUGACUAUCAAAUAAUGUGGUGUUUGAGUGUGCUGUGUGAUGCUUUGCAACAGUUUUACACAGGGUAUUCAAUUCUGAAAUACCAUUUAUAAAUUUUAACACUCCCUUUAUUUCAAGGUUUAGGCUCUGUUCGGCAAGCGCCGCAAGCCUAU